GUUGCUGCUUCUACUCUCUCUCCAUCACUUCUUUUGCAAUGAUGUCUCACUCAUACGCAACGGAUGCUCAAACGAAAUCCGCCGACCUCGCCGCCACAAUCGUCGCCGCCUCAACACCAACGGAAAUUGCCACCGCUUGCGCUUCCAUUGAGUCAUUUCUGCAUAAGCACUCACCUGACCAGUCUCGCUGGUUCUUCUCCCUCACUUUUCCAACCCUAAUUUGCAAAAUAUUCGGUUUCGAUGAACAGAAGCCCCAAAACCCUAACGGUAACGGUUGGAUUGACGUUUUAACGUCGGCUAAUGAUACGGAGAUCUCUGGUAAGGUCUUAAACCUUCUUUCUCCUACUGGUGUCUUAAUGACUUCAGUUACAGCUGUUGAUCGGUUAUCUCUUGUUAAAUAUGUUUUCCCGAUUGAACGCUUGCCUGAAUGGGUCCGGCUGACGUUACAAAACGCUAGGGAAUGUGCUGUUCUGUCUGAUUUAUGCCCCUUAUUCAAAGGGAGGCUUAAAGAUGGAGUCCCGUUUCAGGUUCAGUUGAAUAUUUUGGAGUAUUACUUGUUUUGGUUUGCUUAUUACCCUGUUUGCAAAGGAAGCUGCGCCAAUCGUACCAGGGUCGGUGCUAGCACAAGUAAAAGAUUCAGGUUAGAGAGUUGGGCCUGUAAAGCAAUUCCAGUGUUUGGUAAUUCUAGUAAGCCUCGUGGAAGUGAGCAGAAGAACAACGACAGUGAUAAUUUGUAUAUACGACUUUUGCAUGCUUAUCUUCGUUUCUUUGUGCCUUUGAGUGAUUUGAAUUCUCAUUCGCCUUACCGGAGUUCAUUGUUGCAUUACUCUUCAAGUUACAAUAGUUCUGUUCUUGAGAAUGCAGAGUUUUUUGUUCAUACGCUUAUACAUUUCUGGAUUGUGGAUAAUGACUUCUCGCCUUUGUCUGUUAAACUUUGCAAGUCAUUUGGUAUUGUACUCCCUCUUCGGUCGAUUCUAGCUGAACUUCCACCCACAGCUGGGUUGGGUGAGGUUGUUAAUGUGUUUGUGAAGUAUCUAAAUUCAAGUUUAGUUCCCAAUGCUGUUGAGGGGUGUGAUCAGGUGGAACUUUUUAAAACUACUGCAUGGAGGGCAAUAGGUUCUGUUGAUUUGAAGUCCAAGGAGAUAUUUUCUGGUAUGGGAUCUGUUGGUUAUUGGAACUCAUGUAUCCAGAGGCCACUCUACAGAUACAUUUUGAGAACAUUCAUGUUUUGUCCAGUGGAAACUUCUGUGAAGAAUGUUUCUCAAGUGUUUUCCCUUUGGGUCAACUAUAUGGAACCAUGGGCAGUUAAAUUGGAUGAAAUUCCAGAGCUUGAUGUGAAUGCAGAUACUUUGAAGAGAGAUUCUGUGAAGGCGGUUAAUAUAUCUCAACCACAUGAAUAUUCAUCCUCUUGGCAAGGCUUUGUGUUAUCAAACUACCUUUUCUACAGUUCCCUGGUUAUGCACUUCAUUGGAUUUGCUCAUAAGUUCAUUCACACUGAUCCAGAAGUUAUAGUGCAGAUGGUAUCCAAGGUUGUAAACGUGUUGACAUCGUCUAGGGAACUUGUGGACCUCAUAAAAAAUGUGGACACUGUUUUUCAUUCGAUUCCAGCUGGAUCAUCCAAGUCAGUGCUUAAUACAUUAUACAGAUUCGUUCCUUCAAUCCGUGAACAGUUGCAGGACUGGGAGGAUGGGUUAUCUGAAACUGAUGCUGAUGGAUCAUUCUUGCAUGAGAAUUGGAAUAAAGAUCUGAAACUAUUCAGCACAAGUGAAGACAGUGGACAGCAACUUCUUCAGCUCCUUGCUUUGCGUGCCGAAUCUGAGCUUCAAGUUACCUCACAUGAAAACCUUCCUAACAACCUACAGCUUCUAAGUUCCCUCAAGGCCAGAAUGGGAUUCUUAUUUGGUGGCAACAUCAUAAGAUCUCCUAGCAUAAUAGCAGAAGGAAAACAAUCUGAAAAAUCACAUCAUCAUGAGAUAUUCCGGCCUAGAACCGCUGGAAACCGACCGACAACAGACAUACGUUACAAGGGUGACUGGAUGAAGAGACCAAUCUCCAAUGAUGAGGUGGCAUGGCUGGCCAAUCUACUUGUGAGAUUGUCUGGGUGGUUGAACGGAAUUCUUGGGCUGAAUCCGUGGGAGAAUAAUGGCCAUGUGGGUCCUGCCAGCUGGUCAUAUGUGGAGGUGUCAGGGGGCGAUACUUAUGGAGCUAAGGAUACAAUGAGGUUGGUAUGGAGUUGGGUUAUGAAGUUCAUGAGAGAACACGGUAUGCGGGUGAAUUUGAGAAUGUUAGCUUCAAAGAAGGUAGUGACUGUGGUACUUAUUGCUAUUGCAUUCAGUGCACUCAAGAGAAUGCUUUCAAACUUCCAUCUGGUCUAACUUAGAAAGGAAAAAAAGGAUGAUUUUACACAUGUUUUCGUGUUGUUGAAAUGUUAGCGAACGCAUGGUGUAUUAGAAUCGAUUACAUAUGUGCAUACGUCUUAAAAAGGAAAGAAUUUUGGCACUAGUAUUCUCUCUCUCAGUUUCAUUCGAGGUAUUUAUGGAAACAACCGUACUACUUUCUCGGGGAAGAGCACAUGUACCCUACCGCAGAUGAAAGGUCAAUGUACAUCUACCCCUUGAACCCUAGUUUUGGUUGGGGUAUGCUGGUCGGUUUGGUUUGGCUUAUUUCUUUGAUGCAUCAUCUUCGUUGGCCAUGCUGCAAACGUUUGUUGCAGGUAUGAGUGCAUUCUGCAAACGAUUGUUGCAGGAAUGAAUGCAUUCUGCAAACGGUUGUUGCUGGUAUGAAUGCAUUCUGCAAACGGUUGUUGCUGGUAUGAAUGCAUUCUGCAAAUGAUUGUUGCAGGUACACUACUUGUUGUACUCAUGCCUCAAAAUUACCGACUGUUGGAUGUUCAAUCAAUGAAUUUCCACAUUGUCAAACAAGCUAGGGGCUGUUUGGUUGGUUUUCUAUUAAAUCUUGUAUAGAUAAAGCUGUCUAUGUGAAGUAUGGUUAGGCUUUUGUUUGUGCGGAGGUUUUUCCUAGA